GAAACCGAACCACGUUAAAUUCUUGUGUGUCGUCCGUGUUCCGUUUCUCUCGUUUCUCGUAGAUUAUUUGUGUUUGUUGUGUGUUUAAUCCCCAACAAGUGGUAUCAGAGCUAGAUUGUUCAACAUGAACACAAAUUGCGAGUUGUUACCCAGGGUUUUGGGAUCUGUGCGCAGUCGCCGGAGGGCAGAGGGAGCACAGGGGAAGCCGCUAACCAAGUCGCCGUCGAGUUCACCGCUGGGUCUUGAACCGCGGCGAGGAAGAUCUCUACCGCCAUUUGCGUAUAGACCGCCACACGCAGGAGCAGCGGCACAAGGAGCCGCUGUCGCGUGGAGGAGCCGUAUCGCCAUAUCGAAGCCGCGCCAUUUCAGAUCGUGCCGCCGUCCGGAUGUGAAGUCGUGCAAAUCGAGGAAUUGUUCCAAGGUCACUCAGCCGCCGUCGUCUACCUGUGGUGCCGCCGCCAUCGGGAACCGUCCAUCUGAGAUUGUGCAGAGCCGCCAACCCAGUUGCUGUAGCGCCGCCUACGUGCGAAGAAGAAAAGCAGAUUUGCUGGUUCAGAAAGAUUUGGAUGUGGUUUUGGGUGACAAGCCAGAAAAGAUGUCGGAUGCAGAUUGGGCAGGUUUGGAUCGGAAAGCAAUGUCCGUGAUCCGUCUCUCGUUGACCAAGAAUGUUGCGUUCAACAUUCUGAAGGAGAAGACAGCGAAGGGAAUUAUGGACGCGCUGUCUAACAUGUACGAGAAGCCAUCUGCUGCGAACAAAGUUUUUCUGAUCAGAGAGCUGGUGAACACGAGGAUGAAAAAUGGCACUUCAGUUACCGAGCAUAUCAACAAGUUGAAUUCGAUCUUAGCCAGACUUUUGUCAGUGGACAUUAAGUUUGAUGAUGAAGUUCAAACUUUGCUAUUACUAUCGUCUUUACCUGAUAGUUGGUCCGGAACGGUUAUAGCGGUUACCGGUUCAGUGGGACCUGAUGGAUUCACCUUUGAUCAGAUUCGAGAUCUCGUUCUUGGCGAAGACGUUAGAAGAAAGAGUUUUGGGGAGUCAUCGGGUGAAUUAUUACAUGUUGGCAGAGGCGGAAGAAAUUGCAGAGGUAGAGGGAGAAGGCACAGACGAAGGAGUCAGUCGAAGACUCGGGAUAGCUCAGGCGUAACGUGCUGGAAGUGCAAGGAGGUGGGGCAUUUUAGGAAUCAAUGCUCGAAUGAUAAUAAAGUGAACAUUGCUAAAGGCUCUACGAGUGACGAGGAUGUCACUCUGACUUGCUGUGAGGAAAGCAAUGUGGAUUCCUGGGUCAUGGAUUCUGGUGCUUCAUUUCAUGCCACCCACAGCGGUGAAGCAUUGCAGAAUCUGGUUAUUGGAGACUUUGGAAAGAUACGACUUGUAGACGAUAGAGCUCUUUAUGUGACGGGCAUGGGUGACAUGUUGGACGAACAGGGACAUGAGGUGAAGUUCAGAGACGGGCAGUGGAAGGCCGUGAAGGGAAAUCUUGUCACGGCUCGCGGAAAGAAGAGAGGUUCGCUGUAUAUGGAUGUUCCAGGAUCCGGCAGUGUGCGUCUGCAGUGGGAGCCGGUAGGGACCGAGGACGAGUUAGGGGCAGAUUUAGCCGUGACUGAUGUGUUGAAACUUGGGAGAGCUUCAAUGGGCCUUUCAGUUGUCUGAUGAGAGAGUCGCUGCAACAGGAGAGCUGAGGAAGAUUACUUGAUGUACAGGCAAUCGUGGUGGAUGGUAGUUGAUGAUUAUCAAUCCUCCAAGUGGGAGAAUGUUGGGUUUGUGGAGGCUUGGGCUUGACUUGUAGGCCCGGACCAUGUUUUGUAACCCUAUGUUUUUCUCCUAUAUAUUAGCCCUCGUACUUGUAAUUUCGG